AUGAAUAUGUCGCCACCAGACCGCAGGAAAAACAUGCGAGCGCUGGCUUUGGAGAUUGGCAUCCGAGUUCUGCUUUUCGGAGUUUUUGUAUUCACAGAGUUCCUGGAGCCUUUUGAGAGAGUCAUUCAACCAGAGGAGCUUUGGCUCUACAAGAAUCCUUUGGUGGAGUCAGACCACAUUCCCAAGAGGGUCAUGUUCGCCAUUUCCUUCCUCACCCCGUUGGCAGUGAUAUUUGUGGUGAAGAUAAUCCGACGGACGGACAAAACAGAGAUCAAAGAGGCAUGUUUAGCGGUGUCCCUGGCUCUGGCCCUGAAUGGAGUCUUCACAAAUACCAUCAAGUUGAUUGUUGGCAGGCCAAGGCCGGAUUAUUUCCAGCGUUGCUUCCCAGAUGGACAGAUGAAUGCUAAGAUGCUGUGCACCGGAGAGCCAGAUUUAGUCUCUGAGGGACGCAAGAGUUUCCCCAGCAGCCACUCCUCCUUUGCAUUCUCUGGCCUUGGUUUCACCUCCUUCUACCUAGCGGGGAAGCUGCAGUGUUUUACAGAGCAGGGCCGGGGGCGUAGCUGGCGUCUGUGUGCCAUGGUGUUGCCCCUCUACAGCGCUAUGAUGAUCGCAUUGUCUCGGACCUGCGACUACAAACAUCACUGGCAAGAUGCCUUCGUCGGAGGAGUGAUUGGGUUGCUGUUUGCCUACAUCUGCUACCGGCAGCACUACCCACCGUUUCUACACAUGGACUGCCACCUGCCUUAUGCCAGUCUGGCUGCCGCUGCCCACAUCCCCUCGCACCCCCAGGACGAUCCCCAGCCCACCGACAACGCCACCACCCUGCCCUUGGUGGGUCUGACUGAGGGGUCCGUAUGACUAGAACCCACCCAGGACCCUCCUGCCACAUUCACCCAGCCACCAAGCCCUCCUACCCAUCCCCAGUGACUGACUGACUAGCACUUGUAUACAUUCCAGUGGACAGUAAUGCACUUCACCCAUUCCUCUACUGUCUCUCUCUCUCUCUUUCUAUCUCUUUCUCUCUGUCCCUCUCUCUCUCUACCACCUACAUCCUUUUCCGUUUAGUUGUUAUACCCUCUCUGAAUCAGCAGCCGUGCUAGUCUAUAUUUAGACUUGAUGUAUGAGAAGAGUCUAGGAAUGUGGGACGCCACUGCUGAGAGAGAAGAGACAAAAAAAAAAAAAACAUGUUGAAAACUCGAGGAAAAUUGUCUUUGUUUAAGGAAAUUUUUAAUGGCUGUGAAAUGAAGUGAAGGAGGAUUUGCUGGGGCGAGUGCGCGUAAAAAUGUUGCCAGUGAAAUUCCUCCCCGUCUGCUAAGUGGGAAAUGGGGGUUAGCUGGUAUUUUAAUGCUGCGGUGUGUUUGAUGUUGGAUUCUCAAGGGGUUUGGAAAGGGAGGUGGGCCGACCCCAAAUCCUAUGAAAUGUCACAGCAAUCAAACCAUGAUACACAGCAAUUGAGCUAUUUAAUACAAUACAAUAUGUCAGGUGUCACCGUUCUGAAUGAUUGAUGGGAUUCAGUGGAAGGUGGUGCCAGGAAUAUAUUGACAUUCUGUCUGUUUUUCUUUAGUUCUUUAGUUUCUUUAGAUCUUUAGUUGUUUAAGCGGCAUUUUCAGUGGAGGCCCGAGACUUGGUGUAAGACUCAAUUACUCAAUGGCACUAUAUUCUUCCCUCCUCCUCUGCCUUUCAGGAUUCCCGGUUGUCAGUGGCAACAUAAUGAUAAAUAUAGAACCAAUAUAUUCUUGGAGAGAAUCGCUGGCCCAUGACAAGGACAGCGUUCAGUGUUCCCCGGUCUCUUCCUUACUUUUCUCCCUUCCCUCCAUUUUUUUCAUUACUCCAUCUCCUUCCUUCUCUUGGGCCUUUGUGCUGUUCCAGUGCAAUCCUGCCUCACUAAAAUCCGUCCCCCUCCCCCUUUUACUGUCUCUCUGCCUCCCCUUGUCACCAUCAACCUUUGUUUUCUCGAUCCUUUUAUUUAACAUAGGUGCACACAGGUUGUGCAGGGAUUUGGACCCAAAUUGCAGCGCAGUAAGUGCAAUCAAUAACAGGCAGGUGGUACUAGUGGAAGUGUGUCCGGGCAAGCAUAAACUCCAAUCUGAUCCUGCAUUAAUCCUCAUUAUGGCGGGUUAGCCUGUGCUGCUUGUGAGGACAAUAGGAACACAUGAGGUGACCCAAAGACGGCCCGAGCAUUGCAAAUGGGUUUCAGCCCUCUGUAGCCUCACAAAUAGACAAUCUAACAUUCAGGAGAGGGCAGGCCUGAACUAGGAUGGCAUUUUUGAGAUGUUUUCAAUCAUUUCGUUUUCAUUAGCCCUUCAUAUUCCAAGCCUUAAUUAAGGGACACCAUAUUGAACUGUAGCAGACACCAAAGAUUUGUAGCGUUCUUCUGCUCAGAUUGUAUGCACCCUAUUAUAUUCUAUUAUGGGAGACAAGACACAUAUCUAGAUAACAGGUUCCCUGUCAUCAACCAAGCACUUUGUAGCCUCUCAUCUGUUUUAUCCAAAAUGAUGGAUGACUUUGUACCCUUGGUUAUGGUUGGUUUUUGUAAAUUUGUAUCAUUGCUGUGACAUUAAUAGGAUAAGGUGCAACCUCAGCUUACCUCUAACCCAGCACAAGGAGACAAAGAUUAUAGGUACACAUUGAAAAGCAGUGGGGACAAAACACAGGCGAUAACGAGAGUAACAUCUAAAUGGCAUGUUUUGAAUUCAGCAGUAAACCAAAUCUUACAAAUGUAUUUUGUUGUUUUAUCUUUUCAUAAUGUCAAUCAUCAUGCCACCUUUUACAUUUUUAGGCAUAGCCACUAUCAACAGACAGCAGAAUAGUGAGAAUUAAUAACUUUGUAAAUGCUUCAUAAUGUAACAAAUAUCAAGAAAGACAAGUCAGCUGCACCUUGCAAGCGCUCAGCUGGCGUCUCUGUGAUUCUGGGCACGAUUAGGCUUAUGGCUGUUACAAAAGACAGGCGCAGACUAGGAAGCUUCUCUCUCUUUGUUCAGAAUUCAUUACAACAUCACUUAAUCAAAUCAGCCACGAUCAAGCCUCUACCACUAGCGCAGCCCAUUGGCAGCUUCUUUACAGAGUGUGUGUGCGUGUGUGUGUAUGUGUGCGUGUGUGUGUGUGUGUGUGCAUGUGCGUACGUGUGUAUGAGUGCGUGCAUGCAUGUAUGUGUGUGGUCAGUGUAUGUGAGUCCUCUGGUAUGGUACAGUCUAUGCCACACCAGUGCAAUACAAAACAAAACUGUACGAAGAGUGAACUUUUCCAGACAUCUUCAGCGGAUCGCCCUUGGAUAAACGCUCUGGACAUCAGACUCUGUGACGGGACUUAAUGGGACUUCAUCGGAGAGUAAAAUGUUAACUGAUUUCAGAGGAGUCUGGUGCUUUGAAAAAGCUGUGGAAAUCUGUAACUCUACCAUUUUGAAAUCAAGAGGCAGAUUUGGGAUGAAUUUACAUACAUACAUUAUAUUCUAUGGACUUAUGGUUGCCUCACUGAGCCACCAGAUGUUUCAACUUUGCCAUUUUUUUUUUUUUUUUUUUCAUUUUAGAUGGUAUACAUUUGAAGAAUUAAUUUCUAGAUGCAUUUUGUGUGGAGGAAAAAAACAACUUUCAUAAAUCGUGGAGUAUCCUGUCUGCAAAAGUAAAACCAACUUAUCAACAGCUUACGUUAGCCACUGUUAUGUCUAAUUGUUCCAUAAUUUGUUUUCAUUUGGUGCUAUAAAUAAUGUUGUAGGAGUAGAUGUCACUUAUUUUCAAAUGGUGGAUGUCUCAUUUGGAAACAAAGCUCUUCAAUCCUUUUCUACAGAAAAAAAGGUUGUCAGAGGCUAAAAAAAAAAAAAAAAAGAAAAAAAAAAGAUUAGACUAUAUCAAAUUAUUGCCGAUAGACACUUCUUG